AUGUGGUUUUAACGAAGGGCGACAGAGCAGAAAAUCCGUCUUGCUGGUUUUGGGUGGUGUUUUGACUGCAUGCUACCGCUGCUGGAAACGGUGUCUUUGAAAGCACUGUGGCACAGAAGAUGGCAAUAUUUUUGGUGUGUCAAAUGGGAUAUAGAAGAACCUCCUUACAGUUUUGGAGGUUCUAUUCAUCCUAUGUCAGGAGAAUGAGAUACAUGUUUGAUCUUAAAGAGGAUGAUGAUGCUUGUCGGCAGGCCUAUAAUUCAGGCGCUUUCGUUCUGUUUUACAACCUCUCCCCCUUCUUGCAGCAAAAGGAGGAAACGCUCUCACCCCCUAAGAUACGUGCUGCAGAAAUUAAAAGGUUUCUGGCAAAGUUUUUGCAGGGGGAAGAGAGGAUCAAAGAUUCUGUGCUGGUUGGCUGUUCAGAUGAGUGCACACCAUAUUUUGCUCUGGAUCUAGGAUCUUUGGAACAAACAGCCAUUGAAUCUGAACUCAAUGGAUCAUUUGGAGAAUUGCGGAAAGCUUUCUUCCAGUUAGAAGAAGAGGAUGCAUCCUUGAUUUCCACGGCUGGGGCUCUUCUCCGCUGGCAUGAGAAUAACAAGUACUGUAGCAAAACCGGGGAGCCCACAGUGAAGAACCUGGCUGGAAGCAAAUGGGUUUGUCGCAGUAGUGGAAUCAUCUACUAUCCACAGAUGUCCCCAGUGGUUAUUACUUUAGUCUCUGAUGGGAAUCAAUGCCUUCUUGUGCGGCAAGCAUCAUUUCCGAAAGGGAUGUACAGUGCUCUCUCUGGCUUUUGCGAUGUGGGUGAGAGUCUGGAAGAGACAGUCCGAAGAGAAGUUGCUGAAGAGGUGGGACUGGAAGUGACAUCUCUAUGGUAUUCUGCUUCGCAGCACUGGCCAUUCCCACACAGUACACUGAUGAUAGCUUGUCAUGCUCUGGUGAAUCCACAACAGAGUGAGGUUAGCAUCAACACACAAGAGCUUGAAGCUGCCAGGUGGUUCAGUCGUGAGGAGGUGGUGGAGGCCCUGGGAAGGAAGCUGAAGCCUUCCAAAGAAAAGGAUGGCAGCCUCUCCUUUUGGGUGCCACCCCAGCAAGCCAUAGCCCACCGCUUGAUCCAGGAGUGGAUUAAGAAGCAGGGCUUUGUGGCCUCUUAAAUGGCAACAGCAAAUCAGCCAUCCCAUAACAGAUUUUGUAUUCAGUGAACAUUUCCCAGAGGUCUGAACAAAGUUUUCCUGUGAUGGAAGCAACUGCGUAGAGAUGCCUGGAGUGUGUGGAGGCAGCCUUCGACAGAACUCAUUCCCCCCCCCCCAUUCCCCUUUGUGAGUGGCAGGCGAUCCUCACAACUCCAACAGUGCAGCAGGACCCUUUUCUAAGAGUUUGAAGAAGGGGUGAGGGAAUGGCAGGGAGGUGAGGGGACGAUGUCGUUCUUGCCAGUUUGAGGGCUCUCAGUCGCAUAAUUCAGCCUGGGAUAUGUGUGUAUCCUGCUGAAUGAUGGAACUGGGAGUCCUUGAGUUCUGAAAAUCCCAUUCCUAGUGACCGUGGUGGUUGGGGAUUCUGAAACUAGUAGGGUGAGACAAUUCACUUUUUCCUAAUGUUAAUUUCGCAUAGAAUUACUAGAAGUGCAAUAAUUUUAGGAAGGGCAAGGCAGUUCUAAUGCCCUGAGAACAUUGAGCCCAAACAUUUUAAAGUGCUGCGUUAGAUACAUUCCCACGUUUUAGUAGAAAGAAUCUUAUAGUCAUACAAAUGCCUAAAGAUUAGGACUUUGCUCUUCUGUCUAAAUGGCAUAGGUUUAAAUAAACUGCUAGGCUUGUCCUCAUCCUGCCUGAUUCCUCCCGUUCCAACUCUGCAUUUUUUAUGUAGCUGAGAAUAGCGAAGAAAAGGAGUACAUCCAGUUCUGCUAGACAUACUUGAGGAGAAAAAGCUCUCUUUGCGACAACCAGAGCGUAGACAUAACUAGCUGUAAAUGAUUGGCAACUUGUACUUAAUUACCUCUGUCCUACAAUGAAGGUAUAAUGAAGUUACCUUAUAACAAGGGAUCGUCGUCGUUUAGUCGUUUAGUCGUGUCCGACUCUUCGUGACCCCAUGGACCA